AUGCAGCCGGACGCCCCGGCACGCAUCAUGUGGAUGCAUGCGCCAAAGACGGGCACGCUAUUCAGUGUGACUGUGUACGCGCACAGCUGCGGCCCAACCUCCUUCAACGCGAGCCAUAUCUCGACCCAGAGCGGCCCUCCCCGGCUGGGCUGCGACUGCUCCGCCCGCCUCGUCCACCCUAGAAACCGGUGGCACCACGAGCCGCUUCCGCCAUUGGUGCUGCGGCCAGGAGCCGUCGCCUUCCGCGUCGUCACCGUCGUGCGAGAGCCUCGGCAGCGGCUCCUUUCGACGUUCCGCUUCCUGCAGCAAGUCUUCGGGACCAACGGCACAAAGGGGUGCUGGGGGUGCUGCUGCGCCGGCUGGGGCCUCUCGGCUGCCCUGCGAACAACGUACUUCAGGACGGUGCGAGCCUUCCCGCGCGACGCCCCCGAGGGGCUCCGCGCCUUCCUGCAGAUCCCCGGCGUCACCGGUUGCCAGACCAAGAUGGUGAUGGGCCGGGCCUGCGCCGACCCCUCGCCCGUCGCAGCCAACGAGAGCGCGGCCGCGGUCGGUUUUGUGCGCCACCGCAUGGCCUUUGUCGGCAUUGCCGAGCGUCGGCUCGAGACGCUCUGCCUGUGGCAUGCCACCUUUGGGACGCCGCUCUGGUCGAUUGAGGUGAGCGCCGCCGCCACGGCGCCCGUCCAGAACCACACGGCGCCCCCCGGGCUCGAGCUCGACGACGCGGAGGACGCGCCGCUCUACGCGGCGGCGGUGCGCCGCUUCGAGUCGGUCCCGGAGAGCACCGCAGCCGCAGUCCGGGCGUGCGUCUCCCGCGCGUCUGCCUUUGCGAGCGGGACGGCGGACACGGAGGAGGGCGCGGGAGGGUCGGCGGCGUCACAGAGGUCGGCGCGGCCGGCAAGGCUGGAGGAGGAGGCGCCGGUGGCGGACGGGUUGGCGGCGGACGAGGACGGCGGGGAGGAACUCAGGCGGGCGGCGGCGCCUACGGCGCUGGUGUCGGUGCUGCUGGCCAUGGCGGCAGCCACGGUGCUGGCGACAGCGGCGUUCUUGUGCUCGCUGCGCAAGGUAGACCGCUUCUUCCAGGCCAAGGCACGCGACUGGGCAGAGGAAGCGCAGGCCAGCCACACCCUGCGCUCUCGUCUUCGUGCCGGGCUGGGGCCAGGCGCCUACCUCUCGAGGGCUGCCGCCGAGGAGGCGUGGCGUGACGCUGUGGCACAGGGCGUCUCAUUCCAAGCCCACUACGCAUUCCCACGCGCUCAGGCGCCGCUCGAACCCCACCUCUUUGAGCCGGUUACCCCGCGGCAAGGCAACUCGGCGCUCUCGAUGCGGGCCUAUCCGCCGUGCCACUCCAUGCAUGAUCACCGCUGGGGGCAGCGGUGCUCGUGCGACUGCGGAUUCGGCCUCACCUCACGCCCUCUGGUUGCAGCUGCACGUUGCCGGGCGCCAUUCUCGAGCCCUUUGGCGAAUGGGCCCAAAUCCGGGCUCUGA